AUGGAUCCCCGUGCUCUCACAACAACGCCAUUCCGCUCACUCGUGGCAGCGUUUGGCCUUGCUCUACUGGGGGCAGGUCUGUGGGGGCAGAACUGUAUCAGCAUGCUUCCCAAGCUUUCGGGGGACGACUAUGGCUUUGCUGGUUGCAGGGCAAAGGAGGACGGGGGAAAUGGGUGGGAAAUGGGUUUACUCACCGCGCCGCAGGAGCCGCAGGACUUGCUGUCGCCGCUGAACGAGGCACCGCACCUGGGGCAGGAUGAGUUGUGCAUUUUGGCAGAUGGGGUUGGGUUGUGGUAG